AUGCAGCUCCUAAUCGUCGUCUCCGCCGUGCUCUCACUGCUUGCAAAUGUCUCUAAUGCUUCUCAUGUCCCUCUCUUCAAACGUCAAAGUUCCAAUUACCCAGCCUUGGAUAUCCCCGGACCCACCCCGAAGCAGGAGUGGGUAGAUGCCUACCAGCGAGAAAAGGCGGCCGGUCGGAUUCCUAACAUUCAACCUUCAGUCAAAUUACCUUCUGGAGAUACCAAAUAUCCAGCGAACGUGAACCCCUUGGACCCAAGUGUCUGUAGUUGGACAGUGGGAUGUAUAAGUCCUACUGAUGUCAAUGAUGCUCCGGACGGGAUGAUGGGUAUCAGUUUUGACGAUGGGCCACAGGGAGGAACCGCUGAACUUCUGCAGUUCCUUGAGUCUGUGAACCAGACCGCAACCCAUUUCAUGAUUGGCAGUAGAAUCCUAAGUAACACUGAUGCGUUCAAAGCCACGGUCGCAAAAGGAGAUCAUAUAGCUGUUCAUACAUGGAGUCAUCCCCUGAUGACCACUUUAACUGAUCUCCAAGUUCUGGGUGAGAUUGGUUGGACUUUGCAAGUGAUCUUCAACGCGCUUGGUGCUUCCGACCACCCGAUCCAUAUCCCUGGUGUAUUGAAUGCUAGCGAGACUUUACAUGGGCUUCAGCAUAAUAUUGUCAACAAUGCUAGCCAAUAUGUCAAUCUUACUACGCCUUCAGGCUUGCCGAAUACCACCUCAGUUCUGUAUACCACCUCAGUGCUGAAUACUACCUCAGUGCUGAAUACUACCUCAGGAAUCAAAUCGACAACCACGAAUCUCACCAACCAUGCGCCAUCAGUAUUUGUCAACACUUCUGGCGCCGAUGCGGCACGCAAGACAAGCUGCGGGUUCUGGAGGACGAUUCCAUUAUUUUUUGUCCUGUUGAGUUUGUUAUAA